UACUAUCGCGGUGUAGCAGAUGGUGUAUACAUCGAUAGUAGCAACGAUUGUUUUACAACUCAACUUGCUGCUACAAACGCGUUUUUUUUUGUUGUACAAAUCUUAAAAAUACGAAUAGAAUUAGUUUUGAGCUCAUUGUUACCACCUCCGUACGCUUUAGAUAGUUUUAAUAUAACUUUCUAGUGAAAGAUUGAAAAAUAAUUAAUACCUCGCCAAUCCACGGGCGUGAGCGUAACGACGACGGGAGAGUACAAAAAAAAAACCGAAGAGGUAACGAGCAAAUCGGACGAAAAAAAGCAUAAAACCAAAUACCAAUAUAAGCGUACGCAUACAUGCAACAAAAGUCAUCAAGUCGAGUUUAAAAGAGCUGCGAAAAUUUCGCAAAGUGCAACCACAGGAAAAAAAGCAACAGGAGCAAACGCACCAUCAUUCACAAAUCGAUCGCAAAAGCCGAGCAUAACAGACAGACAUGUAUGCCGGAGCAUAUGCACCCAACACUGGCGGCGUACAGCAGCACACAGGAGGCGGCUACUACGGCAAUGGGGCCGUGGCUGGUGCUGGCGGCAAUGGUCAGCGUCGCGACCGUCUUUGCUAUCCACGCAACAAUUUUGCCGGCGCUGGCAGCGGGGCCGCUUCGUUGAACGGAGCCGCUGGAGCAGCUGGCGGCAUGCACUUUAGCCAGCACUAUGGUGUGAUGGCCUACGGCAUACAGAGCGGCAUCAGUAUGGGUGGCGGUGGUGCCGGGACCGGAGGCAAUCCGUAUCGCGGCGGAAACACCGUACAGAAUGGCGGUGCCUUUGGCAAUGGAGUGGCUGGCGGUGGCGCCGGCUUCCAAGGCGGACUGCACGGAAAGAGUCCCAGCUACACACAACGCUACCAGAAGCCGCACAACGGAGGCCUCGGCAACGGGGGCGGCGGCGGUGGUGGCUAUCAGGCCGGCGGCUACAACGCCGCGGCGCUGGGCAUGCUUUCCAAAGAGGAGCGUGCCGAAAUCCAGCGCGAGAAGGCCAAGAAUCCGGGCCGCAACCUGGUCAAGCCCAAGUGGGAGCAGCUGCAGCCCUUCCCCAAGAACUUUUAUGUCAUCCACCCGAAUACGUUGAACAUGUCGGAGCAGGCCGUGGCCGAGCUGCGUCGCGAGCUGGAGAUAACUGUCUCUGGCAAUGACCUGCCACACCCGGUGGCCAAUUUUGAGGAGUGCUCGCUGCCGGCGCACGUCAUAGACGAGAUGAAGCGCCAGGGCUUUACCAAGCCCACGGCCAUCCAGUCCCAAGGCUGGCCCAUCGCCCUCAGCGGCCGCGACCUGGUCGGCAUUGCUCAGACCGGGUCGGGCAAGACGCUGGCCUACAUGCUGCCGGCCAUUGUGCACAUUGGCAAACAGCCGCCGAUACUGCGCGGCGAGGGACCCAUCGCCCUGGUGCUGGCACCCACUCGGGAGCUGGCCCAGCAGAUCCAGUCGGUGGUGCGUGACUACGGCCACCUCUGCCAGCCGGAGAUCCGUCACACUUGCAUUUUCGGUGGCUCCUCGAAGGUGCCGCAAGCCCGCGACUUAGAGCGCGGCGUCGAGGUUAUUAUUGCCACGCCGGGACGGCUGAUCGACUUCCUGGAGAACCGCAACACCAACCUGGCCCGCUGCACCUACCUGGUGCUGGACGAGGCCGAUCGCAUGCUCGACAUGGGCUUCGAGCCACAGAUCCGCAAGAUAAUCGAACAGAUCCGCCCCGAUCGACAGGUGGUCAUGUGGUCUGCCACCUGGCCGAAGGAGGUGCAGGCCCUGGCCGGAGAUUUCCUCAACGACUACAUCCAGAUCAACAUUGGGUCGAUGAAUCUCUCGGCCAACCACAACAUUCGCCAGAUCGUCGAAAUCUGCACGGAGAUGGAGAAGCCUCAGCGCAUGGUGCGGCUGCUCAAGGAGAUCGCUCCGACCAACAAUUCGGCCAACAAUGGCAACAAGAUCAUCAUCUUUGUGGAGACCAAGAUCAAGGUGGAGGACAUCUUGCAGAUCAUCCGCACCGAGGGCUAUAUUGCCACUUCGAUACAUGGGGACAAGACUCAGAAUGAGCGCGACUCGGUGCUGAAGGACUUCCGCAAUGGCAAGUCCAACAUAUUGAUUGCCACAGAUGUGGCCUCGCGCGGUCUCGAUGUCGAGGAUCUACAGUAUGUGAUCAAUUACGAUUAUCCAAACUCGUCCGAGAACUAUGUGCAUCGCAUCGGACGAACCGGACGCUGCCAGCAGCUGGGCACUGCCUACACCUUUUUCACGCCCGACAACGCAAAGCAGGCCCGUGAGCUCAUCUCGGUUUUGGAGGAGGCGGGUCAGACGCCCUCGCAGGCCCUGCUCGAUCUCGCCCGCUCGAUGCCCAGCUCGGGCAACUAUCGUGGCAAUAAGCGCUGGAACAGCGCCGGCAACACCGGCGGCGGCGGCGGAGGUGGCAGCUACAACAACGGUGUCUAUCAGCAGCGUGGAAAUCCGCUCAACUAUCAGGCCGGUGGAGGAUACAACAACAAUCGCGGGGGUGCCGCAACCGGUGGCUACCAGCAGUAUGCAGCUGGCGGCAACGGUUACCAGCAGAAUGGAAUCAGCGCCGGAAACUGGAACCGCAUGAACCAGCUGGGACAGGAUGGCGGCAGCCGCAACGGGAGCACUUACCGCCCACGCGCCCCCUUCAACAAUGGGGGUCCGCGUGCCAUUAUGGGACAUCAGGGCGGUGGCGCCGGUGGUGCAGGAGGGGGCAGCCCACAGCCGCAUUUGGGCCAGCAGGGCGGACCCUUCAUACAGCAGGCGUACCGCAGUCGCGGCCAGUUCGUACCGCCGAAUGCCGCCACCGGAGGCAUGCCACCGCGCUUCCAGCAGUUCCCCAAGCGCGAUUACCAGCAGCAGGGUGUGCCACAGCAGCACUACCAGCCGCAGCCGCAGCAGCAGCAGCAGCAGGCGGGCCAGCAACAGCAGAAGUCUUCGAAGGAUGAGAAGUAUGCACAGCAGCCGGCCACAGUGGCCGGGUCCAUGGUCCACUAUUCGCCCACCAAUUCGCCGCCGAUUGCGACCGUGACCGCAGCAGCAGCAGCAGCUGUGGCUGGACGCGCCACCGUGUCCGCUGGGCCGGGGGCUGCUUACAUGUACGACACCAACGGUGUGCUGACCACCACCGCUGCUCCGGGCACCAAUCCGUAUGCCAAUCAGUUCAGCAUGCCGGCCACCUACUAUACGGCCCAGCAUCACCAGUUCACGGCGACCGUGGCUGGUCCGGGACCGGGUCCGGCGGCUGCCAUCGAGCAGGCGGGUCAGCAUUAGGACUGCCUUAUUAUGCAGUCACCCACACAACAGCCGUAAGAAUGACACCAAUAACAAAUAACAGCAGCAGCAGCAACAACAACAACAUCAACAACAACACGGACACAAAAUGGCAACAAUUACUGAAGGAAGGAUAGAAAAAGGAAAAACAUUUGCAGGAGGAGCACGAGCACGAGCACGAGCCCGAGCACUCGCUAAUCGCUACUGGCUACUCGCUAAUCGCCGCUACUCCAUACACACUCGAUAGAUAGCUCGUUCGAUCGGACAUUUUGGUUCUCAAUAUUAGUUAUAUUUCAUAUUCUCUGUUGGCUGUAUAUACAUAUGUAUAUGAGCAAGCGGGAUGACAGCAGUGCAGAAGCUGCUGCGGCCACACAACAUCAACAAAACACGGGACAAGGCGCAACAGCAACAGCAGCAGCAGCAGCAGAAUCUGGAGCAGCACUUCAUCAUCGCCAUCCUCGACCUCCAUGAUGAGGUAACGAAUCAAAAGAAAAACAAAAAGAACGUUGAUAGUUAUUAGUUAUAGUUUCCCACUCUCGCAUGUCCUUUGAAUGCUUCGGAACGCUCUCGGUUAAGUAGGGUUUUUUACUUUUCGGAACGCACAGCAGACGCGAAUCUAAAAUGUAAUCAAAAUUGUUUCAUAUGUUUUGUUUUUUAAUGUGUAAACCAAAACCAAACCUACACAAACUCACAGACAAACACACACCAACACACACCAACACACACACACACACAAACACCGUUAUACCGUUAUACCGUUGAUAACAAAAGUGAUAUUCAUGUUUAAUCAUGUACAAAAAACCACAAGAAAGUAACUUUUUUAGUUACUUUUCAAUGUAAUAUACAUUGGAAGGGGACUUCCCUUUCAACAAAGCCACUUGGUUGGUAGGAAAAUAACGGUUUACUUGAAAAACAACAACAACAACAACACACACACACACAAAAACACCGAAAUUUGCAACAAACAGACACACAAUUACAACAAAAUGAAAACCGAUCGAAUAAUUCGACCAAAGAAUGCAAGGUAUAAGGAAUAUUUUGUCCUAAAAAUUCAAUAAUAAUAAUAAUAAUGAAAUGAAAUGAAAAACCCCAAAAGAAAAUAGUUCCAAUUUUGGGCAAAUUUUGAGGACAGGCAGCGCUGCUUUGGUAAAAACAAAAACAAAACAGUAUGUAGAAAUGGAACACAAACAAAAUCGAAAGAAACACAUACACACAUAUACAUAGACACACACACACAACAUACAACAUAUAUGUACACGAACACCAAAGCCAACACGCACGCGUAUUACGGUUAUCGUUUAGUUCCCGUUUUAAAGGCAUAUCAUAUGAAGAAAUACCAUAUGCCCAUGCCGCCCAUUCAAGCUUGAUUUAAUAUGAAGAUUGCAAUACAACAAAAACGCUCAUUUUUAAAACGAAUUCGAUUGUCCAACCAAACCCAAAUCCAAAUCCAAUCCCAAUCCCACAACCAGAACCAGACCCAACCCCCAAAUACUUCCUACAGAACAUUCGCCUAAAUUAAUGAUGUUUUUUCAAAAGUUCUAUGCAAAUACUUGACAAAAAAAAACUACUAAGAAGCAAGAAGAAAUUCAAAUACAAAUUUCAAUUUCAACUAUUCCAAGUUCAACACAAGAUUUGAGUCAAAGAACAGGAAAGAACGUAUAAAAAGAAAAGACGCCACAUUCAUCCAUAAAGACAAGAAAAGCGAAAACGAAGAAAGUAUUCGACGAAGACGAGGACAAAGACAAAGACAAAGAAGAAGAAGUUGUGGAGAAUCGAAUGAAAAUAAUGAUAAUGAUAAUACAGUACAGCCAACAUAAUGCAUAUUCCAGAUUAUUCAAAUUGAAUGAUUUUCCUUUAGCAAAAUUUAUUUGAUUUAAAAUUUUUAUUUCGGUUUUCGAGUACGAGUUCGAGUUCGGUUUCGGUUUCGAUAUCGAUUUUUCCUUUCCCGAUUUCGAUUUCGAAGAUAAAAACAGAUCAUUAAGAGUAUCAUUGAAGUAGCAGUAAGAGGCGAUAGCACCAGUAAUACCAGUAAUACCAGUAAUACAUAGCUAGCAAGAAACCAGAGUGGGCCUUCAGCAGUUGUCGCCUGUCGUCCAGUAGUAGCUGCUGGCGCCUCGAUCAUCAGCAGCGUCGCCACACCACAGCACAGCACACCACAGCACACCAUUUUCUACCCACAAAUCAGUACAAAAGAUGACGGAAAGAUUGUUUUUUUUUUUUCAUUUAGCCGUAGGACAGAACAGAAACGAAACAAGGGAUUAUACAACAACAAAAAAGUAAAAGUAGAUUAAAUGAUAUACUACAUGCAUACAUACAUACAUACAUACAUAUGUAUAUUCGUAUAUAUUCGUUAGCCGAACCAAGUUUCCUUGAAACAUUUCUCAUUUUUAGUCCUCUAUAUACAUGAUACGUUUCUGUUUAGUAAAUAGCAAAAGGGAAAUAAGGGCAACCAGAGAGGGAGGAGGGUUAUAUACAAUAUACAUUGUACACCUGUAUGUACUACUCGUCUGUAUCGAAUCGUAUCGUAUGCCAGCACAAGGAUCUCUUUGAAAACAACCCACAAACCGCAAAAUGGGAAGGAAAACUAGAUUUUUUACAAACAAUAGAUACUUAGGAUCGAUCGAUGGACGACGCACGACGGACGACGGACGGAUGGAUGGUAUAGAAGAGACAUUGUUUGGAUUAUUGAUAACGAAUCAAAAUGUUACGAUUAAAUUACAUUACAUUUCAUUUCGUUACGUUGAGUACUGAAUACACUUUGGGGUCUUUUUGAGUUACCGUUUUGAAGGGAGUAUAGUACCUAUAGACAGGGUCCACUAAAAUACUAUUAUUAUUAUUGUUGUUAUUCUUUGUAUGUAGGGAGGAUCCUCGAGGACACAUAUGCCAGGCGUAAGGAAGGUUUUGUUUUGUAUUUUGUAUUAUUUCUUAUUUCUUAAUUAUUAUUUCGAUGCAACCGAAUUGUGAUGAUGUGAUAGACUUAUAUAAACAAACAAAAAUACAAAAAAUACCAAUUAAUAACCAGUUUAAAUGCAGUUUAGCAGAGCAAACCGCUGCAGGAGAAUAUGAGAAUACGAAUAUGAAUAUGAAUAUGAAUAUUAAUAUGGAUAUAUGUUAUGUAUUUGUAUUAUUGUCGUUGUCGCUAAAUAGACAAUGUCUGAUGGCUAUAUAUAUGUAUUAUGGAUGACUUGAGGCAAACAUUCUUUUUUGAAGAAAUAAAACUAUAGAGCGCGAUAUUUGUAUUGUAUUUAUCUAUAAGUUGUUGUGUACACACUGCGAGACGGGGAAAAUCAAACAACAAAUGACAAACCACAAACAAACAAAACAAAAAAAAAUCGAAAAACACUAAAACACGAAAAAAUGAGAAAAAAAAGAGCAAAAGCCGUUGAAACUGAUAAAAUUUAAGAGAGUUACUAAAACUGAAAUCCCCGACUCCCGAGUCCCGAUUCCCGAUCUCCGACCCCCUACUCCCCCCACCAAAAACAAAACAAAACGAAAUGAAAAAAUAACAAAAACAAAAAGAAAGUUCCAAUCCGCAAAAUGGAGGGGAUUUUAUUUAUUGUUGUUGUUAUUUCCUUUUUGUAUGUUGGGGCACACUCUUCCACCUUGUCUUGAUCGCUCUCUCUCUAUCUCUCUCUCUCUCUUCAUCUCCCACUUACUCCGUCAGUCUCUCUCUCUCUCUCUCGCACUCUCCCAGUCUCCCAGUCUCCCUAGUCUCUCAAUCUUCUUAAUGAUUUAUGUAUAUAUAUGUACAUAUACAAGGACGAUCGUGAAUCGCAGAUCCAUAUAUACAUAAAUACAUACAUACAUGCAUAUAUUUUUGAAAGUAUAGAAAUGCAACUUUUGAAAAACAUUCAACCAAAAAGUAUAAAACAACGUAACUAGAACCAAAAACAAAUUGAACUCAAUCGCCUGCGUGCCACGUCCUGUCGCGUCGCGUACUCGUUUCGCCAUGUGUUCAGAAAGCUUUCAGAAAGAAAGCACAGAAACACACAAACACAAAGAAAAACACGAGAAAUUAAAAGAAAGACCGUUAUUUCGUUAAUUUGUUGUACAACUGUGUUUUGGGUUCGCUGAAACGCAUACAAAUCUAAAAUCGUUUCUCCACGCUUAUCGUUUAGUUUUUGCGUUGUAGCUGUUUGUUUUUACGUUUACGUUUUCUUGAUUUUAGUUUCGGUUCAGUUUUCAACCAAAAAAAAAUGGAAAAACCAAUAUAUAUGUACAUAUGUGCAUGCCUAUGCAUGCAAGCCAGGGCUGCCAGAGCCAGGGCUAAAAAACAACAAAAAAAAAACAAAAAGUGAAUUGCAUUUACCGUUACGAUGCGGAGGUCGCCGCCAGUCAGUGCGCGUCUCGCACAAGUGCCAAAAUGCAAAAGAGAACGUGAACAAACUCUCACACAUGCCCACACACAUACGCACACAGACACACACACACACACAAGAAACAUACAUACAUACAUACAUAAAUGCAUAAUUACCUAAAAGCAUACUUUUAAGCGCCAAAGUCAGGAGUGGCUUGUGAAGGGUACUGUACCACAUACACUCGAUGAUUAGCAAUGGACGCAAGAGCAUUAGAAACUGUUGACAGAACAGUGCUGCUUGUUGCAUUGUAAGUUAUACAAACAAACAUACAUACAUACAUACAUACGUUAUAUGAAAAUUUGUAUUCGGCCACAAAUUGAAUCAAAUUGAAGCGGAAAGCUAACAAGUAACGUCAAAGAGUGGAAGUAAAAAGUAAACCAAAACCCAUUGUGAUACAGCUGCAAAAUAUUAAGAAAACAAAACACGUUAGAACCUAACGACGAUAACAAGAUGGUUUUAUUGUCAUUUACAUACUUGUCUUUCGAUAGCGAUUCGAAAAAGGAAGCAACCUACUAAGUCGAAUCUAUUACGAAACAACAACAAAAAGAACAAGAAAGCCAACAAUUUAUCCAAACUUGUUAAAAACCUAACAAACAAAAACAAA